AGUUUCACGUGCGAAACGUUCCCGAAUUACUGAUUUCUCGCGUGAGUUUAAACCCAAGCAGCCCUGCGCACUGGAGACUGCAGGUAGUCCGCCAUUGCGCCGUAAAGAAGCGUCGGCUCCGGGGCUCUCAACAAUAAACUUGCGUCUGGCACCCCGCGGUCCUAUGAGUAGGGUCGAGUGAACGCUCCGCGGCUGCUCCGUUAACCAGCAGACGUCCCCGUCCCCUUUCCAAAUAACACUUUAAUGUAAAGAAGUAACACACGGGACGAGGUAACCAUGUCCAAUCUCAGCAAAGGCGGCACCAAGAAGGACACCAAGAUGAGGAUACGGGCUUUCCCCAUGACGAUGGAUGAGAAGUAUGUCAACAACAUCUGGGACCUACUGAAGAAUGCCAUCCAAGAGAUUCAGAGGAAGAACAACAGUGGGCUGAGCUUUGAGGAGUUGUACAGGAACGCCUACACCAUGGUACUCCAUAAGCAUGGCGAGAAGCUCUACACAGGUCUGCGAGAAGUCGUCACUGAGCACCUCAUCAACAAAGUGCGCGAAGAUGUCCUUAAUUCGCUAAACAAUAACUUCCUCCAAACCCUGAACCAGGCUUGGAAUGACCAUCAGACAGCUAUGGUGAUGAUCAGAGACAUCCUCAUGUACAUGGACCGGGUAUAUGUACAGCAAAACAAUGUAGAGAAUGUCUACAACCUGGGACUAAUCAUCUUCAGGGACCAGGUGGUGCGAUAUGGCUGCAUUCGAGACCAUCUUCGACAGACCCUGCUGGACAUGAUCGCACGAGAGAGGAAAGGGGAGGUGGUGGACAGGGGAGCCAUCAGGAAUGCUUGCCAAAUGUUGAUGAUCCUUGGUUUAGAGGGGAGAUCUGUUUACGAAGAGGACUUUGAGGCACCAUUCCUAGAAAUGUCAGCAGAGUUUUUCCAGAUGGAGAGUCAGAAGUUCCUGGCAGAAAACAGUGCCAGUGUGUACAUAAAGAAAGUAGAGGCCAGAAUCAAUGAGGAGAUUGAGCGGGUGAUGCACUGCCUGGACAAGUCCACAGAGGAGCCCAUUGUCAAAGUGGUGGAGAGGGAGCUCAUCUCCAAACAUAUGAAGACCAUCGUGGAGAUGGAGAACUCUGGCCUGGUCCACAUGCUCAAAAACGGCAAGACAGAAGACUUGGCGUGCAUGUAUAAACUAUUCAGCAGGGUUCCCAAUGGGCUGAAGACCAUGUGUGAGUGUAUGAGCUCCUACCUUAGGGAGCAGGGCAAGGCUCUAGUGUCAGAGGAGGGAGAAGGAAAGAACCCUGUUGAUUACAUCCAGGGUCUUCUGGAUUUGAAGUCCCGUUUUGACCGUUUCCUACAGGAGUCUUUCAGCAACGACCGCCUAUUCAAACAGACCAUCGCUGGUGAUUUUGAGUACUUCCUCAACCUCAACUCCCGUUCUCCUGAGUACCUCUCUCUCUUUAUUGACGACAAGUUAAAGAAAGGAGUAAAAGGGCUUACAGAGCAGGAGGUGGAGUCCAUUUUGGACAAGGCUAUGGUACUGUUCCGCUUCAUGCAGGAGAAGGAUGUGUUUGAGAGAUACUACAAACAGCACCUGGCCCGUAGGUUGCUCACAAACAAGAGCGUCUCCGAUGACUCUGAGAAGAACAUGAUCUCCAAGCUCAAGACGGAGUGUGGCUGCCAGUUCACCUCUAAACUGGAGGGAAUGUUCCGAGAUAUGAGCAUCUCCAACACCACCAUGGAUGAGUUCAGACAACAUCUACAGACAACAGGGGUGUCUCUGGGUGGAGUUGAUCUGACUGUACGAGUUCUGACCACUGGGUAUUGGCCGACACAAUCAGCAACGCCCAAGUGUAACAUCCCCCCUUCACCUCGUCAUGCAUUUGAGGUCUUCAGAAGGUUUUACCUUGCCAAACAUAGUGGCAGACAACUUACACUACAGCAUCAUAUGGGUUCUGCAGACUUAAACGCCACCUUCUAUGGUCCAAUUAAAAAGGAGGACGGUUCGGAGGUUGGAGUGGGAGGGGCCCAGGUUACAGGCUCCAACACCAGGAAGCACAUCUUGCAGGUCUCCACCUUCCAAAUGACCAUCCUCAUGCUGUUUAACAACAGGGAGAAAUCUACCUUUGAGGAGAUCCAGCAGGAGACAGACAUCCCAGAGCGCGAGCUUGUGCGAGCACUUCAGUCGCUGGCUUGUGGGAAGCCCACUCAGAGGGUUCUCACCAAGGAACCCAAAUCCAAGGAGAUAGAGAAUGGCCAUGUGUUUACAGUCAACGACCAGUUUACCUCCAAACUGCACCGUGUCAAGAUCCAGACAGUGGCUGCUAAACAGGGUGAGUCAGAUCCAGAAAGGAAGGAGACGCGGCAGAAAGUGGACGACGACAGGAAGCAUGAGAUAGAAGCCGCCAUUGUCCGCAUUAUGAAGUCCAGAAAGAAAAUGCAGCACAACGUACUAGUAGCAGAGGUCACUCAGCAGUUGCGAGCACGAUUCCUCCCUAGUCCUGUAGUCAUCAAGAAGCGUAUUGAAGGACUCAUUGAGAGGGAAUAUUUGGCACGAACACCAGAGGACCGUAAAGUGUACACUUAUGUAGCAUAAAACAAGUGGAUUCAGUGAAACUUAUCACCAAGUCGAGAAGAACUGAGAGCCUUUUUUGGAUUGCGAUGUGUUUAAAAGAACUUGAACGAGUUUUCAUCAUUGAUCCUGGGAAGCACUGGGAAGCUUAACUUUUUUUUUUCUCCAUAAAAAUGUAUUUGAACUAAUUCAAAAGAGGGGGAGGUUUUCUAACAAUAUUAGAUUUCCUCUGGUGAGAGAGUUGAAUAGAAGUGGUACAGCUUUGUUGCAGUCAUUUUUAUGUGGCCUUUUGGGGGAAAAAAACAUUUAAGUGUGUUUGCCACUCAGUUACAGUCUGUUUGGGACAAAAGAAAAAGGAAUGAGCAUAAAGAUGAGAAACAUGUUACCAAGCAAUCACAUGGCUAAAUGGAGACAAGAAAAUUUUGGAAUUUUCUCCCAUUUCAAACAUUGAUGUAAAUGUUAUUAUGUUUGUGUUUUGUGGCACCAUGAUGUCUGUACAGGUUGUCAGACAACAAAGGUCUUCUCCUUCCAUAAGAUUUCUAAAUCUCAGAAGAGGAUUACAGACUACAGUUUAUUGGUACAGAUCUGGUUUGAAAUGCUAUUAAAAUAUUUCGGGUACGUUUAAAAAAAAGAAAAAAGGUUGUUACAGAGUCUGACAAGAUAAAUCAAGCACAUCUCAUGUAGGAAAAAUAUUGGAUGCCAUAUUCUUUUCUUUUUUUGGGGGGGUUGCCACCUUUUUCUCCGCAAUUGUAUCCAGCCAAUUACCCCAGUCUUCCGAGCCGUCCCGAUCUCUGCUCCACCCCCUCUGCCGAUCCGGGGAGGGCUGCAGACUACCACAUGCCUCCUCCAAUACAUGUGGAGUCGCCUGCCGCUUCUUUUCACCUGACAGUGAGGAGUCUCACCAGGGGGACAUAGGGCGUGGGAGGAUCAUGCUAGUCCCCCCCAACCCCCCCCCCCCCGAACAGGCUCCCCGACUGACCAGAGGAGGUGCUAGUGCAGCAACCAGGACACAUACCCACAUCCGGCUUCCCGCUCACAGAUACGGCCAACUGUGUCGGUAGGGACGCCCGAUCAAGCCGGAGGAAACACGGGGAUUCGAACUGACGAGCCCCGUGUCAUUGGUAGGCAACGGAAUAGACCGCUGCACUACCCGGACACCCCUGGAUGCCAUAUUAGGAUACUGGUCCAUGUCAUAUUUUGGUCAGGUCUGUGCUAGCGGUGUAAGAGAUGGGGAGCUGUAGCUUUAUACAGCAGUGGUCCUCAAUUGUGGGCUGUAGAAGAAGAUGCAGGUUAUCUUUCUAACCUAAAACGACACCAGCUGAUUGUACUUCUUGGCGCUCCUCCCGUCAGGUUGAGGGUUUGUUGAUCAGUGAAAGCAGCCGGUGUAAUGUGUUGGAAAGAAAACCUGCAUACACACUGCCCUGCAUGGCACAUGACUGAGGACCACUGCUUUACAGCAUGCUUUUAUCUAACAGGUUGAUGGGGGGGCAUCUAAUGCUCUAUAAUUGGUGUAUGGUCUCAUGUCACUUUUUCUGUUCUGGCCCACUGUAGUAUCAGAUCAAAAACAGGACAGAAAAUGUUUCUUUUUGAAUGGAAGGUUCCUUGCAAUGCAGGUAUCAAUUGUUAUUAUUUUUUUAUUUUAUUUUAUUUUGUCGUUCUGCAGUUGCAACAAACGGAACCAAUCUAGCAUCUGUUUUAAUGUGUACAAAUUGUAAAAUAAUGAUUGUACUCACUGUCAAGGUGGGUUGUACAGGGCCUUGUUUUCAUCAUAUUAAA